CUUCAUCCUUGUACAGAAGCAAUCUGCAAAAACAAAGGGAAAACGAAACAUCCUGUGAAUGCUCUUCUCAAUCAGGACAAAGUCUAGGAUGACUCAAAUCUCGAUCAGGUGUCACGCAACAACAACAAGCAGCAUUAUCAAAGAAUCGGUUAACGUUUUCCACUUUCCGAUAUGUCUCUGUUACUGUGUCAUGCAUUUGCAUAGGAGUACGACGUUUGGAAGUAAAUAACCCAGUGACAACAAUCACAAUAAAAUAGAGGUGUUCUAUACACGCACAUUUCCAAACUUGUGUUGCGCAUUGCGACAACAGCAUACAACGAAUCGAGAAGCAUUGCAUGACUACGUAUUGCGGUUACCAGCUGUGAUGGUUUCGAAAUAAAAAUAACAAAAAAAAAAGGCAUAAAGACAAGAGGUAUACUCACAUCCUUUCAAAGUUGCGUCGUCGAUGAAGGUCUGAUCGGUCUCAGUCGUCGACAGCUAGCUUAUAAGACCCUUCAUUUUUGUUUUAUUUCAAGGGAAGGAAGGAUCACGUGAAUGCAUCGUGGACAGCUUCUCCUUUCGCAGGAGCAGCAUGUGAAAUGCGAUACCUCUUGCCGACGCGCUCUUUUUUCUUCUUCUUUUGGUAUGAUAACACAACCGCGAAACACCCGUCUGGCUUUUUCCAAACGCUCUUUGGGAACACCAACCACACACACACAAAAAAGAAACCGUUAUCGCCCUCGCAAGAUGAAUUUUCGACUGGUGGUAUACGCUGUCUGCCACGUACGAGCUUCCAGCAGUGAGUGUGCCACGUAAGAGCCAAGUGAUGUGAGUAUUUCAAACCAUUUCUUGUGUUACAGUGUAUCUUAUAGCUAAAUGAAAUGCGGGCAUGUAUUUGUUUUAAAUUCUUUUUAUUGUUUCGCUCAGAUGAGACAGCAGAGACAUGGUAGCCGAUUUCGAAAGAGUGAUACCGUAACCGCUGUGCUUUCCAUUCCCAAUGAGUCUUGCAAUAUUGUACACAUUGCCGGGACAUCGUUCUAUUACUUGCCUGGGUUCGAAGCUUAUUUCACAUAGCUUCGAGCACUCGAAGUUAUAAUAAUUGUGCGCGACAUUUGCUUCUUUCAAGCAAUGCCAUAGUUGACGUGUAUCAUUUUGCGACAGAUUUACUCCGUAUCUCGUCGGAUGACCAUUGCUGAGCCAAAGGCGUACGGCAGUUACUGCAGCUGGACAUCGGUGGACGUAGAUGUUAUGGUCAAUCUGAGUCACGGUAGUGCAUUUUCCCUGUUUCAGUGUUGGUUUUGUAAAUUCUGUUGUAGCUACGAAAACGAACAGGGAAACAGCACUCAGAAAGGACAAGGUGUAGCAGAACAUCUCCGGACAUCUAUUUACCAUGACGACCUACAGUAAAAUGAGACAACUCGUCAUGGAUUUCAAUAUUUAUUGGUAUGAGGACGGCGACAUUUUCCUUGGAGUUGAUGAUCCUGGGUAACGUCCCGCAUGCCGCACACAUCAUCACCCGAUUGGGACCAGGAAUCGCCAGCGUUGGUUGGCUGUUCGACAUCGGACCAGUGAUCGCCAGUCAUUUCGUCGUCGGUGGUGGCAGGUAGUUCUCCGGAACCCAAGUCCUUCUACGACUUCCAGAAGGUUGCAACAGUCGGUCCAACGUGUCCGAAGGAUCAUCGUCGUCAUCAUUGCAUCAGUGUACAACUCGGUUUCAUAAACUAAGCACUCAAGACAUCGAAGACAUGAGGAACACGAGCGGGCUCUGGAUGGAGAAGAAAGAGCGAGUUGGAAAAGAGGGGAAACGUCUUCUUUCGCCAGACAUCGUGUUCGGUCAAUCCGAGUAAAAAAAUAAAAAGAAAUGGUGACAUGCCACCUUUGUCCUCCGGCCGAUCGGCAGCACUACACAACAGCGCUGGGACUUCAAGUUCAUCUGGCUAACGUUCAUAACCUUGCAACACCCUGUAUCCCAUUUUGUGAGACACUCUGUACGCUCCGCAACUAUACCAACCGCUAUGAGCUUCAUCUACAUGACAGAGACGACGACGGGCAGGAUGUCAGCACAUUCUUUCAUGAAAACGGACGCUACCUUGCCGGUGUACUUCGACAUUUCGGAUUUCCGUUACGCUUUUAUGUUUUGCUGAAGGCGGAACUCGGUCGACAUACGCCUGAGGAUGAGAUCAUAUUUGUCACUCAAUUUAUUCCUUCGAGUGUGCAUACGCUGUGGUCGGAACGAGACGUAGAACGUGCUGUCAUUGAAGUAGGCACUGAAGUCACCAACAAUUUAGAAAAGCUUGAAAUGCAAGGGUCGGGAUUUUUCUUAUUUCGAAUUCACGCCUGCAUUCUUCAUGUCGGUCGUCUCGCACCACAGCUCAUUGGUUGUACCGACUUUGAAUUGCCAAACGAAUUGAAAAAAAAGUGUCGGUGUCUUCUGAAUGUCGACCUUCACGAGGAUAGUGAACAGAACAUGUGUUUCGCAUUUUGCGUACUUGCCGGUCUACAUCCUGCAAAGGGUUCUUACAGACGCAGAGCUUCAUCCUACAGGUCAUACCUGUCUCAAUAUGUAUUUCCAGAGACGUUUCCUGUAGUGUUCCCGAAAGAUGUAGAAAUGUUUGAGAAGCAGAACGAUGUGAGCAUUAACGUGUACGGUUAUGACAAAGAUGAAAAAUAUGUUUACCCGAUUAAGGUUGUUGACGACCAGUGCAAGAAGCAUGUCGACCUACUGCUGAUUGACUUCCAUUUUGUACUCAUUACUAAUUUCAAUGCUUUGUUCACACCACCUGGUUAUUUUCACUGCAAACGGUGUACGAUGGGUUUCACCACCCCGGGUGUACUCGCCGAUCAUCUACUAAUGUGUAAACAACAAAAAGUGUCCAAGACUAUUUUUCCAAAGAAGGGUGAGACACUGUCGUUUGCCGGAGAGCAUUUGAUGUCGGAAGUUCCCUUCUACUGUGUAUACGACUUUGAGAGUGUACUAUCACCGUGUUCGGGAGGCGGGAAUGUCUACGAGGAACACAUCCCUUCAUCCUUCUGUCUCCUCGUCAUACGCUCGUGCGAUUCGUAUGUCUUGAAGAAACAUAUUUACCGUGGUGCAGACUGCGUUUCCGUUUUCAUGGAACUAUUGCGUAAUUUGCAUGAUGAGCUGUAUGCGAUGUUGCACGAGACUGUGCCCUUGCAAAUGACCCCAGGAGACGAACUCGAGCAUUCUGAAGCCACUCACUGUAACAUCUGUAAAGAACCAUUCACUAAGAAGCAGAAAGUGCGAGACCAUGAUCACGUAAGUGGAGAAUUUCGCCAAUCAUUGUGUCAGGGAUGUAAUCUGAAACUGCGGAUACCACGGAAAGUGCCCAUCAUUGCACAUAAUGCCAAUUAUGACCUCGGAUUCAUAGUAGCUCAUCUGCACCUGCUUCGGAAGACAGACAUCAGAGUGAUAGCCUCCAGUUGUCAAAAGUUUAAGGCUAUAGACAUUGGUGUGUUCCGCUUCAUAGACUCGUUAAGCUUCCUCAAUGCUAGUCUCGACACACUGACGAAAAAUCUAUGUGACAAAGGUGAAUCUAACUUCAGGUGUCUGCGUCAGUUUUUCGCAGAGGAGGACUACUUCAGGUUGGUUGUACGUAAAGGGGUUUUCUGUUAUAACUACGUUACCUCUUUUGAACGUUACGACGAGCCCUGUUUGCCAUCACGUGACCAGUUCUUUAACCAACUGAACGGAUCAGAAGUGAGCGAGGAAGAUUACCGCCAUGCGCAAAAUGUGUUUGAAAAAUUUCAACUGAAGAGCCUGGGCGAGUACUCGGAUUUGUACCUUCUGACGGACGCAUUGCUUCUGGCAGACGUGUUUCAAAACUUCCGAAUAUGGGCGUUGGAGACGCACAAAAUUGAACCACUUCAUUUCGUGUCACUCCCGGGACUAAGCAUGUCUUGCGCACUAAAAAUGAGCCGGAUUAAUCUGGAUUUAAUCCACGAUCCCGAUGCCUAUCUGUUAAUUGAACGGGGCCUGCGUGGUGGUAUGACCCAGUGUUCAACGCGAAUGGCCACUGCAAAUGUCCCAGGGACAGAUCAGUACGAUCCCGAAAAACCAAAGACCAUAAUUCAUUACAUGGACAUAAAUGGACUCUAUGGCACAGUGAUGCGUGAACCACUCCCAUUCGGAGACUUUGAAUGGCUGUCACCCGAAGAGGUUGCAGGUUUAGAUGUAACCCUUGUUGCAGAUUAUGCAGACGUUGGUUAUUUUUUAGAGGUAGACCUGGCCUACGUACAAGAGCUCCACGAACGACAUAAAGAUUUACCGCUCGCGCCCGAAAAAAUGAGCGUCCCGUAUGAGUUGCUUUCGGAUUAUCAGAAAGACCUGAUGAAAAAAUUUAACCUCCCACAGCAUGAUAUAGAACCGAAAUUACUCCUUACACUGCUUGACAAGAAGAAGUAUUUUCUUCAUUAUCGCAGUCUAAAGUUGUACCUACAGUUGGGUCUUCGGCUCGAGAAAAUUCACCGGGUGCUCAGGUUCAAACAAAAACCAUUCCUGCGAUCCUAUGUUGACUUCCAUCAUGAACUACGCAAGCAGGCAACCAAUACCUUCGAACGUAACCUGUACAAGAGUUUAAUUAACUCCGUAUAUGGGAAAACAUGUAUGAAUGUACGAAAGUUCGUCGACUGUCGCUUAGCAACUUCCGAGGAGCAAGUGUUGAGAUUCUUGCGUAAACCGAACCUCAAACAAUUCAGGGCUCUAAGCUCUAACGUAGUCUUGUUUCAGUUCGCUCAAUCGAUAGUCCGUAUGCGACAGCCUCUGUACCUGGGGUUCACUAUUCUCGAGCUGUCUAAAGUCAUGAUGUAUGACUUUUAUUAUAACAACUUGCUUCGGGUAGCCCCGGACACAAGGCUCUUGUAUAUGGACACAGAUUCUUAUAUCGUGAUGCUGAGCGAUGAGAAGGCCCUUGCGGAGCUCGCCGAUACCCACCUUGAUACAUCUGGUCAUUCUUGUGAUGACUCGAUGUAUUCUACGAAAAACAAGAUGGUGCUAGGAAAAUUUAAGAACGAAAUGCCCCACGACCACAUCCUAGGGUUCUGUUGCCUGAAACCAAAGCUCUAUGCACUAGACCUCCAUAGUAAAAGACGAUACAAUCGUGCUAAGGGGGUGAAACAAUGUGAAGCCCAGAAGUUGCAUUAUUCAAUGUACAUAGACUCUCUUAAGCUUGGUGAAGUGUACAAAGUUUGUCAGAACCUCAUUGUGCGCAAGGAAAAUAUAAAUAAAAGUGUAUGUGUUACGAAAGUAGCUUUAAAUCCCCUAGACACAAAGCGUUUCAUUUGUGAGGAUGGUAUCCACACGUUACCCUUUGGGUACGCAUCCAAUGGAAAGAUGUAGACAGUUUUUAUGCAUAUGUUGCCCUACCUGGCUGUUGUUGUUGUAAUGCU